AUGCCAAGCUCGCUGUUUAAAGACUUAGAUAUCGACGUAAACACUCAGAAUCAACGCAUCUCGUUCGCAAUAUAUCGCAAGACCUCAUUCUUUAUAACCUCAGAGAAAAAAGAACCAAACUCGGCGUCGCAAGCAAAUGCAGUUCGAAGAAAGAAUAGUUUCGUAAUAUCAGGUUCUGUAAAAGGCCAGAGGUUAACUAACCUCACAGAUCCUAUAAAAACAACUUAUCAGCCACUGGAUGUGGGCAGAGACGAAACAACGGCUUGUGUUUUUUGGAACUUCACCGCGGGGAAGAGCGGUUUAGGAAACUGGUCAUCUGUUGGAUGUAGUUAUCAAGGAAUUGUGGAUGAUGUAGUCACGUGUCAUUGUACACAUUUGACUAACUUUGCUAUAUUGAUGGUAAGGUUUAUACAGAAGUAUAUACUUAAUAUAUACUUAAAUAAAUAUAAUUGUUUUGUUUUGUGGAAAACAACAGGUUUAUUAAUUUAAGAGGAUAUUUUUUGUAUGUUACGUAACACGCACUGAAAACUAAUAUAGCUACCACUUGCGGUUAAUGACUAUAUUAAAAUUUUAUUUGUCAAACUUAAAAUGUAUAUGUAGCGCUUUAUCUGUAAAAUAAUGCGAAAAUGAAGAGAUUGUAGAUGAUACGCCAAAGAGAAAAUGAUGUCUGAAGUUUAGCAAGUUUUGCUUAUAUUGCCGUAUUAAAUACAUGGCGUCACUUUUAAAGCAUAAUUGACAAUUAUUUUCUGUUUCCCAACCGGCAAAUGCAUUUAAAAAAGUAGCUAGCUGUUUAAUUAAAGCAAUUUCGAGAGGAACGCCAAAAAAAUUUCGAUUUUGAAGAAUUUUCAUCGCAAAUACACGACAUAGAAAAAAUUGCCUCUUAAGGUGGCUCCCUACAGUUUACUAGAAUUCAGAUUACUUGGAUUUUUUUAAAUCUCGAAAAUGAUUCAACACACUAAAAGAAAUCAUGCUAUAAAAUAAAAAAUGAGGGUCACCGACCUUAUUUUCGAAUUCAAGAUUACUUUAAAUAAAAAAUAUCCGCCAUAUUGAAACGACAUUGUUGCCAUAGCAACGGCUGUUAGGAGUAAAUUUUAAAAAACGUACUCUAACUUAGACUUAGUUAUUGUUUUAUUCAAGUCAAAUGCUCUUUGUUUUUCAACAAAUUAUUAUUGUCCGGAAAUUCAUGUCCAAAGUCAGAAAAUCUUCCAUUUGUUAACUGAAAAGUGUAGGUAGCCACCUUUCGAUCUGUAAGUCCGCUCGGCCGGAUCUUCAUUAGUGCAAAUAAUAUAAUGCUAGAUUUUAGUUCCCACAUCCAGAAAAAAGCAAUGGUAACUGGUAAGAUUUUUCCAGCUACUCGAAUAUUUAUGGUAGCAGAAUUAGUCUAUUACUUGCCUGGCCCGCCUUGCCAACCAUGUAUGUUGUUUAUACCCUUUCAAUCUGAGAUCUUUUGCAAUUUACUCUAAUUUUGAUCACAUUUAAAACAGACUCUUUUUAUUAUGUUUAAAUCUGCAAGAACUGCAAAACACUUUUUUACGAACAGCUUACUUUGCAGAUUAAUUCUUCACAUUUGAUCAAGCAUGUUCUGUAAGAGAGAGAAAUAUUUCUUCUUUGUUCGAUUAUUCUUUUGCAGGAUGUGCAUAUUGAUGACAGAGACGAGACUCAUGAUAAAGUUCUGAGUGUCAUCAGUUACAUUGGAUGUGCUAUCUCAUUGUUUGGUCUUGUCCUAACUAUAUUCACUAUGCUUAUAUUCAAGUAAGUAAAUAUACUAACUUUAUAUGUAUACUGGAUAGUUCCAUCAGUUCUUAUACCUGUUCUACUUACAGGUAAUUUCCUUUAUUUAUAUCGGAUACCUCUAUUAGUUCUAAACUGCUUGUUGUACAGGCUAGUAAGAUAGGAAACCUAAACAAAAAUAACUUUAGCUUAUACUGCAUGGAUACCUUUACCACUUUUAACAAUGUAAUCACACAAUUAGUACUAGUUAAAACAUGAGCAACUGAUCUUUAUCUGAUAUACAAACUUGAGCCGAAGGUGAGAGUUUGUAUAUCAGAUACUGAUCGGAUGCGAAUGUUUUAUCGUACUUAAAAAAUGACCCAUCUUAUGAGUUAAUUGGCGAAGUAAUUUUAAAAAUAAACAUUGUCUAAGCCGAGAAAAUCAAAGCUGAAGUUUAUGUAAAUCAGGACAAAUCUUUAUCCGAUUUACAAACAUUGAUUAAACAUUCAUUUCUUUUGUAUUUUCCUCGCGAAUUAUUAAUGAAUUUUUUAAAUAAAUAAUAUUGAUAUAUUAGUUAUUAUUUAUUGUCACAGAUAAUAAAUCGAUGAUUAUUUUUAACUAUAAUUUUGUUGUCUCGAUUUUUAGAGAUCUUCGAUGCAAAGUGCCAACUCGGAUCUUACUCAAUUUCUGCUUUGCUCUCUCGCUAACAUUAAUCGUGUUUCUGGUGGCUGCGGAGAGAUCAAACACCUCGUCCUUUGCUGCCUGUAGGGUUGCAGCAAUAGCUCUACAUUAUUUUGUGUUAGUCGUGUUUGUCUGGACAUCUAUACAAGCUUACAGCAUGUAUCUAGCAUUUGUUAAAGUUAUGCCAAGAUAUCAUUCCAAGUUUAUAUUGAAAUGCUGUGUGGUUGGAUGGGGUGAGUAAUUGAUUGUAUUAUCGAUUAAUUGGUUGUUUGAUUGAAUAAUAAGGAUCAAUCGAUUGAUGUUGAUAUAGAUUCUAAAGUUAAAAAGUUAAUAAUUUUUUCAGGUCUACCAGCUGUGAUUGUGAUAAUAACAGCCGCAAUAGCGAUUGAAGAAUAUGGUGAUGAAAACUUGUAAGUUUGUUUGUUUUGCAUGGAUGACGUAAGACUACUUUCACACGCGAGACAAACGAAUUCGGAACCUCAAAUUUGUCUGUUUCCAUUUGUUCAAACGGAAAUUCGUAUUGUUAACUGUCCUCUAAUCCGUCCAGUUUCAUGCGUUUCUUGUCGAAUGGUAAAAUUAUGCAAACUUGAAUAUGGUUCCGAGUGUUUUCUUAAGAUUUAUUUUUCCUUGUAGUUGCCGAGUGCAAGGUCUACCGUUCCAGGUUGGCUUCUUGACUCCAGUGGUUUUAAUCCUCGUUGUAAACUCCAUAGCAUUCGUUCUUAUCAUUCGCUCACUGCUGACAGCCGGAAGUAAAGUAGCGGCAGACAAGAGAGCCACUGGAUUACAACACGCCAGACGAGCUUCCGCCAUCUUGGUUGUGCUUGGUUUAACCUGGCUAUUCGGUAUUCUCGCUAUACGUGAUGCUAAAUUAGUCUUUCAAUAUCUAUUUUGUAUUUUCAACUCAAUUCAAGGACUUUUGGUGUUUAUAUUCUACUGUGUGCUUUCCUCGGAAACUAAAGUCAAAUACAAGAACUUAUUGUGUGGAUAAAGUAAAUAAUCUGUCACAAGUGGGAAGCAAAGUUAUCCUGGGUCUUCUUCAGAAGGAAGGUUUCAUGAAGUUAACUCGCGAGCAAGAAUACCGGCAACAAGUGAUGUGUGCACAACUAGUACAGGAGAAUCUUCGAUGUCUAAUAAAUAUAAAUAUCUCUAAUAAAGUCAAUGUAGAAAUGAGUAAACUAUAG